GAAGGACUCAGAGAGGAGGCAAAGGAAAGUAGGGAAACAAAAUGAGAUCUCUCUCCAAGCAGAUCUCUUCAACUACCUGUGAAAACUGAUGUGAUGAAAAGGGGAAUUUGAAGGAGCCAUUCCAGAAGACAGGGCAAAAACGGAAUCAGGGCCAAGAAAAACAGAAAUAGCAGGACCUGGAGUUGAAUAGGUGGAAUAGUUGAAUAGGCUACUCUCCCCAGCUGGUAGGAAACCUAGCAGCCUUCUGGUGUCCAAGGACUGAAAACUUUAGAAGCACCUGGAGUUGGCAGCCUUGGCAUGGUCAAGUUGGCACCUCUGGAGGUGCCCAGGCUUCCCUGGCGGCAUUGUGAGCAGUGGAUGGCGUCAAAGGGCACCCAGAGGAGGAAUGGAACACAUGCUCCUUGCUAACCACAGGGACAAGGCCACAUUCACAGGUACACAAAGGCAACACAGUUGCUCAGGUGCUUCCGUAUCACAGCCAAGACCCCUUCAGGAGAAGCUAGUUGGAUACUCGGACCCACAUUGCAGACUACUAAGCCACUGUCGCCCCUCAGCUCCGUUUCUGCUCCCUCCACCCCAAGAGGAUGGGGGUGGAAGGCCGCCUUCCAUGGGUGUGUCCUCCACGAUGACCUACCAGAUAACAAAGGUGCAUGGAUUUCAGAUUGGCCUACAACAGCAUUUGGCUUGUGGAGACAGUGGUUCCCUGGUGAAAAACUGCCAUGAUGUAAGGAACAGCCCGUCAGAGUGAGGCUGGGGUGCUGCGUGUUGGGGAGAAGCUCCACCUGCUGGCUGAGUCUGGCACAUGAACCAGUCUGUGAGUGGAUGGAUGUGGGUGUAAUGGGGGCAAUUACACUAGGAAGGAGCCCACAUGGAGCCUGCAUUCUCUGGGACAGGCCAAGACCCAGAUCCUACCUUCCCAGGUGGCUGGAUGGGUCGUAGAUGUACGAACCGGACCCCUCAUUUUCUGAUUGCCCCGUGCUUAACGUUUCUGUACCUUUACUGAGGCUCUUUCCUUGGACUCCAGUGUCCAGACCCCUCCUUCUCCUGAACAUGAAUGCCUGUCCAUGGAAAUUCGAGUCUCUGUCUCUCACCCAGGCUGGAGUACAGUGAUGCAAUCUCGACUCACUGCAACCUCUGCCUCCCAGGUUCAAGUGAUUCUUGUACCUCAGCCUCCAGAGUAUCUGGGAUCACAGGUGAGUGCCACCUCGUCUGGCUAAUUUUUUGUAUUUAUAGUAGAGAUGGGUUUCAACAUAUUGGCCAGGUUGGUCUGGAUCUCCUGGCCUCAAAGUGAUCUACCCACUUGGGCCUCCCAAACUGCUGGGAUUACAGUUGUGAGCCACCAUGAAUUGAGCCAUCAUGCCUGUCCCUGAAAUUCUAUUGAAAUGUUCAAUAAAGUUGUUUUGGUUUUGUUUUUGUUUUCCCUUGUUGGUGAAGCCUGGUGUUUCUAUUUUAGUGGACUUGCCUGGCACUGAGGACUGCUAUAGUGGUCUUCAGAGGCUCCUGGUAUCGACUGCUUGUGAAACCGCUUUUGCAAAAUUAUGACUGAGACAGUGAAAGAGAUCUAACUUAACCAACCCAAUCUUGCUUUUAACUUCCAAAUUGUCCUUGUUCAUUCCUGAGCAUAGCCUGAACUAACUUUGGGAGAAGCUUGGUUUAUAUUUUAUUUUAUAGUUUAAAACAAAGAUGUUAACAGCCCUUUCCCAAGGCAGACCUCCUUCUUGCCUGGGGACUAGAUUGCCUUUGGAGGACUUUCAUUAGCCACAAGAUUAGAAAUUAUGGACCAGGCUCACCCCUGUAAUCCCAGCACUUUGGGAGGCCACGGCAGGUAGAUCACCUGAGGUCAGGAGUUCAAGACCAGCCUGGCCAACGUGGUGAAACCCCAUCCCUACUAAAGAAUACAAGAAUUAGCCGGGUGUGGUGGCACAUGCCUAUACUCCCAGCUACUCAGGAAGCUGAGGUGGGAGGAUCGCUUGAAUCUGGGAGGCGGCGUGGAGGUUGCAGUGAACCAGGAUCUCGCCACUGCACUCCAGUUUGGGUGACAGAGUGAGAGUCUGUCUCAAAAAAAAAAAAAGUUUAGAAAUUAUGGUUUAGAAGUCAUGCUGCUGGAGGCUACAAGAUUCUGACCCUCCCUAAACUGCUCCUAAGAUCAGUGCUUGGGGUAUUUUACAGACCCUGCACUUGAUGGAUCAGCUGGCACCACCCAGAUGGAUUAACUGGCUCAUCUGAUCUUGUGGCCCCCACCCAGGAACUUAAUCAGCACAAGGAGACAGCUCCAAUUCCCUAUGAUUUCAUCGCUGACCAAUCAGCACUCCUGGGUUCACUGGCUUCCCCCAACCCACCAAGUUGUCCUUAAAAACUCUGCUCCCCAAAUGCUUGAGUAGACCGAUUUGGGUAAUAAUAAAACUCCGGUUUCCCAUACAGCCA